AGGGCCCGUUUCCCAGUGCUGCUACGGGAGUGGGAGGCUGCUGGACGGGAGGAGAGUGGACCAGGCGGCUGGAGCUGAGAAAAAUCCCGUGGACGCAGCCGGUUCGGCCUCAAGCUCUACUCUGUUUUUUGGGGGGAUUUAAUAGAGCCAAAAUCAUCUAUACUUUGAUACAAAGCAACUUUUGGAGUCCCAGGAGCUUCCAUAAAGACGAGAGCUUUCACUGAAGUGCAAUGGAGGAUGGGAAGCCGGUGUGGGCUCCCCACCCAACGGACGGGUUCCAGCUGGGGACCAUAGUGGACAUCGGAUCGGACAGCCUCACCAUCGAACCUUUGAAGCAGAAGGGAAAGACUUUUUUGGCUCCCAUAAACCAGGUCUUCCCCGCUGAGGAUGAUGUUGACAAACACGUGGAGGAUAACUGUUCUCUCAUGUACUUGAAUGAAGCCACUUUGCUCAACAACAUUCGAGUGAGAUACAGCAAAGACAAGAUUUAUACGUUUGUAGCCAACAUUUUGAUCGCCAUCAAUCCAUACUAUGACAUCCCAAAGCUUUACUCGUCGGAGACCAUCAAACAGUACCGGGGGCGGUCUUUGGGGACGCUGCCGCCACACGUUUAUGCCAUCGCCGAUAAGGCGUACAGGGACAUGAAGGUCCUGAAGAUGAGUCAGUCCAUCAUCGUCUCAGGAGAGUCUGGCGCCGGCAAGACUGAAAACACCAAGUUUGUACUCAGGUACUUAACAACCUCGUAUGGAACAGGCCAGGAUAUAGAUGAGAGGAUAGUGGAAGCUAACCCCUUGUUGGAGGCUUUCGGAAACGCAAAAACUGUCCGGAACAACAACAGCAGUCGUUUCGGGAAGUUUGUGGAAAUCCAUUUUAACGAGAAGAACGCUGUCGUGGGCGGGUUUGUUUCCCACUACCUGCUGGAGAAGUCCAGGAUAUGCACACAAGGCCCAGAGGAGAGGAACUACCACAUCUUCUACCGUCUGUGUGCUGGAGCCCCUGAAGAGAUCCGACAGAAGUUCCACCUCAGCCCACCGGACACGUUCAGGUACCUGAACAGAGGAUGCACUCGCUACUUCGCCUCCAAAGACACGAAUGAGCAGAUUCUGCUGAAUCGCAAGAGCUCAGAGCACACAAAGUCCGGCCCUUUGAAGGACCCGCUGCUGGACGACCACGGCGACUUCAACAGGAUGAGCGUCGCCAUGAAGAAGAUCGGCCUGGACGACACGGAGAAGCUGGAUCUGUUCAGAGUGGUCGCAGGCGUGCUGCACCUGGGAAACGUCGACUUCGAGGAGGCCGGGAGCACGUCAGGCGGCUGCACCAUCAAAAACCAGUCGAGUAAGACGCUGGAGUACUGCGCAGAGCUGCUGGGUCUGGAAGAGGAGGAUUUGAGAGUCAGCCUCACCACCAGAGCGAUGGUCACAACAGCAGGGGGCGUCAAAGGAACUGCCAUCAAAGUUCCUCUCAAAGUCGAGCAGGCGAACAACGCUCGAGACGCCUUGGCCAAAGCCGUUUACAGCCACCUCUUUGACCACGUGGUGACCAGAGUUAACCAGUGCUUCCCCUUUGCCUCCUCCACCAACUUCAUUGGCGUGUUGGACAUCGCUGGCUUUGAAUACUUUGAACACAACAGUUUCGAGCAGUUCUGCAUCAAUUACUGUAAUGAGAAGCUGCAGCAGUUUUUCAAUGAGCGCAUUCUGAAGGAGGAACAAGAGUUGUACCAGAGGGAGGGGCUCGGAGUCAACGAGGUUCACUAUGUCGACAAUCAGGACUGCAUAGACCUCGUGGAGGCGAAGGUGGUCGGCAUUCUGGAUAUCCUGGACGAAGAAAAUCGCCUACCUCAACCCAGCGACCAGCACUUUACUGAAACUGUUCACAACAAGCACAAGGAUCAUUUCCGCUUGACUAUACCCAGGAAGUCUAAGCUUACCGUCCACAGGAACGUGAGGGAUGACGAGGGAUUCAUCGUCAGACACUUUGCAGGAGCCGUGUGCUAUGAAACGACCAAGUUUGUGGAGAAGAACAACGACGCUCUGCACAUGUCUCUGGAGUGUCUGAUCAGCGAGUCCAAAGACCGCUUCAUUCGAGAGUUGUUCGAGAACUCCAACAACAGCAAAGACGUCAAAAACGUGAAGCAGAAGGCGGGAAAACUUGGCUUCAUCAGUGUCGGGAACAAGUUUAAGACCCAGCUGAAUAUCCUCCUGGAAAAGCUCCGCAGCACGGGCUCCAGUUUUGUUCGCUGCAUCAAACCGAACCUGAAGAUGGUCAGCCACCAGUUUGAAGGAGCUCAGAUUCUCUCGCAGCUGCAGUGCUCUGGUAUGGUGUCGGUGCUGGACUUGAUGCAGGGCGGCUUCCCCUCCAGAGCGCCCUUCCACGAGCUCUACAACAUGUACCAGAAGUAUAUGCCACCCAAACUCACCCGCCUUGACCCACGCCUCUUCUGUAAGGCUUUGUUUAAAGCCCUGGGACUAGAUGAGAACGACUUCAAAUUCGGCUUGACCAGAGUGUUUUUCCGCCCAGGCAAGUUUGCAGAGUUUGACCAGAUCAUGAAGUCUGACCCGGAUCACCUGGCAGAGCUGGUGAAGAAGGUCAACAAGUGGCUCAUCCACAGCCGCUGGAAGAAGGUCCAGUGGUGCGCUCUGUCCGUCAUUAAGUUGAAAAACAAGAUUAUUUACCGGGCCGGCGCCUGCAUCAUGAUUCAAAAGACGGUCCGGAUGUGGCUCUGUAAGAGGAAACACAAACCUCGCAUUGAUGGUCUGGUCAAGGUGCGCAGCUUGAAGAACCGGAUGACCCGCUUCAACGAGGUGGUGGCCGGCCUGAAGGAGGGCAAGCAGGAGAUGAGCAAGCAGAUCAUGGAGCUCGACGUCGCCAUUGACAACCUGAUCAUCAAAAUAAAGAGCACCAUCAUGUCCCGCAUCGACAUCGACCACGAGUACAAGUCUCUGGUGACCCGGUCGGAGCACCUGCUGACAGCUCUGCAGAACAAGAAGAAGGAGGAGGAGGAGCGCGAGCGGUUGCGACGCAUCCAGGAGGAGAUGGAGAAGGAGAGGAAGAGGAGGGAGGAGGAAGAGCAGCGUCGCAAGCAAGAGGAGGAGGAUAGGCGACUAAAAGCAGAGAUGGAGCUGAAGAGGAAGCAGGAAGAGGAGGAGAGGAAGAAAAGAGAGGAGGAGGAGAAGCGAUUGCAGAUGGAGAUGGAGCUGCAGCUGCAGGCUGAGCAGGAGGCGGAGGCGGCCCGGCAGGCCAUCCUGGAGCAGGAGAGGAGGGACCGGGAGCUGGCGCUGAGGAUCGCCCAGAGCGAGGCCGAGCUGAUCCCCGAAGAGACGCCCAACGACUCGGGCCUGCGCAGUAAUGACUCCUCAGUUCCAUCAUCCCCAGAGAGAUCAGCUGGCGCUGCGACCCCAAAAUUCAAGAACUUGACCAUGGAGGAAAUGGCGAAGGAAAUGUCUGAACUUCUGUCUCGAGGUCCACAGGUCCAGGCCACCAAGGCGGCUGCUGGCACCAAGAAGUACGAGCUGAGCAAGUGGAAGUACGCUGAGUUGCGGGAUGCCAUCAACACCUCAUGUGACAUCGAGCUGCUGGCUGCCUGCAGGGAGGAGUUCCACCGCCGGCUCAAAGUCUACCACGCCUGGAAGGCAAAGAACAAGAAGAGGAACACCGACUCGGAGCAGCGAGCCCCUAAAUCUGUCACAGACUACGAUCAUGCAUCACCUGUGAAAAAAGCAUCAGCCCAGCAGAACGCAGCCCCGCCCAUCCCAGCGCGGCAGUAUGAAGUGGCGAUGAACCGGCAGCAGCGCUUUUUCCGCAUCCCCUUCAUCCGGCCGAGCGACCAGUACAAAGAGCCCGACAGCAAGAAGAAAGGCUGGUGGUACGCCCACUUCGACGGGCCCUGGAUCGCCAGGCAGAUGGAGCUGCAUCCUGAGAAACAGCCCAUCCUGCUGGUGGCAGGCAAAGACGACAUGGAGAUGUGCGAGCUGAGCCUGGAGGAGACGGGCCUGUCCAGGAAGAGGGGCGCCGAGAUUCUCCCCCGGCAGUUCGAGGAGAUCUGGGAGCGCUGCGGCGGCAUCCAGUACCUCCGCAGCGCCAUCGAGAGCCGGCAAGCGCGGCCCACCUACGCCACGGCCAUGCUGCAGAGCCUGCUGAAAUGACACGCCGGCGUCUGGCGCUGCAAACAAAAGGGACCCCACACGGACAGCGCGAGCGCUCCGACUGCAGGCCGCUCCACUCUCACCACCGUCUCCUUUAACUUUCCUUUUUCCUUAAUCUUUGUUCUUCGUUCUUGCUGGUUUGCAGAUCCUCGAUGGUUUCAGGGUGGGAAAGCUUUGAACCUUAUGCAGGCGAAUCACUCUGCAUGAUCACCUCCAGUUCAUCUCUGCAAGUCAAGCUAAGAGGCCUUAAUACAACUUAACAGGGUUUGAUUAGAAGAGUAGUGUAAAGCUGCCUCCCCGACCACAAACAUCCGUAAUGAUGAUUCCUCUCUCUUCCGUAACAGCUAGCUGGUCCCUGCUGAGACUUAAAGCCUGUUUACAUUUCUUCAUGUGGUCUUUACGGGGCAGGAAACUUGCACAAGGAGGAGUCAGUGAUGCACGACUGGAAGAUGAUUCCAUUUCUGAUUAUGUCUUGAUUUAUUAUUAUUUUUGUUGUUGUCUUUCCAGCCGAAUGUAACUCGGGACCUUUUGAUCUGCUCACCUUGUGAUUCCUCAUUCUGUGUGAAUUAAAUGAGUUUAAUGAGAAUGCUCCAAACUGACACAAGAAAAGAAAAUGUGAAAUAAUUAUGCAACUGCUAGCAAAAACUCAGAAUUUUCCAGGAAAAUGCGCAUAUUUUGCAUAAACAAAUGAAGACAAAUUCCAUUGGACGCGUACAGUAUGUGGCGGCUAAAUCCCCACCAGAAUCUACACCUUUUGCUCUUUUUCUUCAGGCAUCCCAACGAGAAGCAAUAAACUGUGCAAACCGGCUUCCCUUGUUGUUUCUGUGAGCAGCCGCUUGUUUUCAUGCUGUGAAGAUCCGCAGCAGAAAAAAACUAUCAGUUUGAGUCAAAGCCGCAUCAGCAUUUUUCACAUCUUUGAGCGUUCCGUCAUGAAACGGACCGUCGCCGUCGUUCUGCUGAACGGAUUUCUUCCUUUUUAUUUUUUUCUCUGGCUGCACAUUUCUCAUCUGUAAGCAGUGAUUUAUUGUUUUUCUGAUCCCAACUGCUAAGUUAAAUCUAAAUAUAUUUGUUAUUUUUCCCGUUAAAUAAUAACUUGACAGCAUUUCAAGGUUUUAAACCUGGUGCAGAUCUUCAGUGAGAAAGCUGAAGGUUUUCUGGAAACAAACGAGCUUUUUUCAUUCGAUAAAAGAACUGCAGCAGGAAACCUCUCCGUCAAUCCACUGAGACUCCCUUUUUGUCCAUUCCCACUGGGAUUCAUCCCUCAUCUUCACCUGAAAUCCAUUCCUUUCUGUUCCAAAGAUUCAGGAAUGACCAGACCAAACCGUCCUGCGUCGUCUGCACACCUCUGACUGGAUGACGUAGAUGAAUCUUUUGCAUGUUGGUGCCGACUGUGAGGGGCUUAUUUAUGUUUUUGUUGGUGUUUACCUUCCGGAGUGACAACCUCUAAAACAUCCCUGCAAGAAAACGUCGCCACCGUUCCUCGGAAAGCACUGCCUUUGUUCAUUGUCACUUUUCUAACGCUGAUCAUAAAUAAAUGAGUUUCAUGUUUCA